GGCAUUAAAAAAUCACAACAUUGUGGAAAAUAAAAGUGAAAUAAAAAUCAUAAAUUUUCUAAUAAAAUAACAAAAUUACUUUAUUAAAAAUUAAUUAGGCAUUCAAAGCAAUUCUUCAACUUUUCAUUAUGAUUCACAACUUAAAACGUCUUCGAAUAUGUCAUGAGAAAUUCAUUAAAUUUCUUAACCGGAAUGUAAACACAAAAGUUGAAACAGAAGUCAAUAAAGAAGUGAAAUUUACAAGCACAAUAAAUCUACCUAAAACAAAAUUUCCAGCAAGAUUAAAUUCAACACAAAAAACUCAGACUGAAACAUCAAUUAUUGAAAAACAUUUAAGUUCGCUUUAUGGAUGGCAACGUGAAAAUCAUAAAACAGAAGAUUAUGUUCUCCACGAUGGUCCACCAUAUGCAAAUGGUGAUCUUCAUAUGGGUCAUGCAGUAAACAAAAUCCUAAAGGACAUUAUUCUUAAAGACAGAAUUAUGAAAGGAACUCGAGUUCAUUAUCAUCCUGGAUGGGAUUGUCAUGGACUUCCAAUUGAAUUAAAGGCUUUAAAAAAUAACAAAGAUGUUCCUCCAAAUCAGAUUCGUCAAAGAGCACGUAAGUUUGCUAUGGGAGCGAUAGAAAAGCAAAGGAAAUCUUUUGAGUGUUGGGGUGUGACUGGAAGUUGGCAAAGUGAAACAAAAACUUACAAAACUUUUGACAAAAAUUACAUUAAGAAUCAAUUACAAAUGUUUUAUAUUAUGUAUGAAAAGGGAUUAAUAUAUAAAGCCAUCAAACCAGUUUAUUGGUCGCCAUCAUCUCAAACUGCUUUGGCUGAAGCUGAGCUUGAAUAUGAUGAAAAAUUUGUCAGUCCUUCGCUGUACUUCAGAUGUCAAAUCACAAACAAUCAUGACAUCGUUGACAAUGAUGUAAAACUCUAUGCAUUAAUAUGGACAACAACUCCAUGGACACUUCCAGCGAAUCAAGCAAUUUGUUUCAAUUCAAAUCUCAAUUACUGUUUAGUGAAGAUUUCUGGUGAUUUCUACAUAGUUGGAUCAAAUACAAUUGAGAACUUGAGUAAAGAACUUGAUCUCGAUGUUGAAUUUGUUAAAGAAUUAAAUCCAAAGAUUUUCCAUGACUUCAAAUAUCAGCAUCCAAUAAAUGAGAAAGAAAUUCUUCCAUUUUUCGAUGGAUCUCAUGUUCAAGCUGAUAAAGGAACUGGUCUUGUUCACACAGCUCCAUCUCAUGGUCCCGACGAUUUUCUUGUAUUUUUAAACAAGAAAAUUCCACUGAAAUCAUUUGUUGAUGGACGUGGUUGUUAUAAUUCAUCAGCUCCCGACUUUCUUCAAGGAAAAGAAGUUCUAACCGAAGGCAAUGAUUUUGUGAUCAAACAUUUGGAUUCAAGUGUUGUGAAACUUCAAGAAAUUAAACAUUCAUAUCCAAUUGACUGGAGAACAAAGAAGCCCGUGAUUAUUUUAGCAAGUGACCAGUGGUUCAUUGACACGGAAAGAAUCAAAACAAAAGCAAUUGAAGAAGCUGACAAAGUUGAAUUCUUUCCUCAGAAAUCCUCGCAUAUUUAUAAAAAUGUCUUGAAGAUACAACUUGAGAAACGACCUUAUUGGUGUAUUAGUAGACAAAGAAGUUGGGGAGUUCCAAUUCCAGUACUUUACGACAAAACUACUAAAGAACCAAUUUUAAAUAAAAAUUUCUUAAAUCAUUGGAUAAAAAUGUUAGAAAUUAAUAAUUCCAUGGAUUUCUGGUGGGAGAAAAAUGUUGAGGAACUUCUUCCAGAAUCGUCAGAGUUUGACGUCAAGAAUUUGAUGAAAGGAAGUGACAUUCUUGACAUUUGGUUUGAUUCAGGAAUUUCCUGGUCUUAUGCAUUGGAUGGAACAAAAGUUGCAGAUUUAUAUUUAGAAGGAGUUGAUCAAAUGACUGCUUGGUUUCAAUCGUCGCUUAUGACAAGCGUUGGAAUUCGAGACAUUUCUCCGUACAAGAAUAUUUUCGUUCAUGGUUUUGUUGUUGAUGAAAACGGUCGGAAAAUGUCGAAAUCUCUUGGGAAUGUCAUCAGUCCGGAAGUUAUCGUACGUAAAUAUGGAACAGAUGCCCUCCGAUGGUGGGUUGCAGCUCACUCAACACAACAUUCAUCAAUCCCUGUUAGCUACAAAUUACUUGAAGACGGUGUGAAUAAUUUAAUUAAAAUACGACUGACGUUAAAAUAUUUAUUGGGAGUGAUUGGUAAUGAUGAAAACGAUGGGAAGAUAAAUGAAGCCAAAUUGACACAUUUGGAUAAAUUUAUUCUGCAUAAGUUAAGUGAAUUCAAUGAGAAUGUUGCAUCAUGCUAUGAGAACUUCCAAUUCAAUAAAGUUGUGACGAUGUUGAAUCAUUUCGUCAACACGGAUUUAUCGAGUUGCUAUUUGCAUUUGGUCAAAGAUCGAUUGUAUUGUGGUUACGAUACCGAACAUUGUCAGUUAAAAAAAGUUCUCAUGAAUUGUUAUCUUGGAUUAAGCAAAAGUUUAUGGCCGAUUGCACCGUUUCUGAUAGAAGAAAGUUGGAGUUAUUUGAAAGAUGAAUCAUUUUAUCGGCAGAAUUUUGGGGAAUUAAAAAAGUGGAACUUCAAAGAAAGCAAUGAAAUUGUGAACUAUGCAAUGGAUGUGAGACGAGAAUUCUAUUCAAACAUCAAAGAUUUAAAUACUUGGAAGCUUAACGUCGUCAUCAGUGGAAAUAAUCAAAAUCUUAAAUAUUUAAAGAUUCUUCACUCAAACAUGAAUGAACCAUCAAACGCAACAGAACUUUGCGAAAUUUUCCAAGUGUCUUCAAUAACACUUGAACAAGUAAACGAAGCUGAUUUGCAAAUUUCUUAUUCAGAAGUCGAUGAAGAUUUGUGUCCAAGAUGUAGGCGGUUUACAACAACGAAUGGUGUGUGCAAGAGAUGUGAAAAUGUUUUAAAACAGAAAUGUUGGAUUUAAGAAAAUAAACAAUGAAGAAUAAAACG